AUGCCCAAUACACCAGCCAUUGUAGGUUGCGGUGCUACGGUUUACGCUCGUGGAAAACAUGCUGGCGAUAAAGAAGCCGAAAUAGCAGAAAAAUUAUUUUCCUCUGUGGGUUUAUGCGAAGAAGUACCUGAAAAUUUAAUUGAUCCCGUUACAGCUUUAGCGGGUUCGGGACCUGCUUAUGUAUAUAUGAUGAUAGAAGCUUUGGCCGAUGGAGGCGUAAAAAUGGGUCUUAUGAGACCAAUCGCGUAUAAGCUAGCUGCACAAACAGUUCUUGGUGCUGGUAUUAUGGUUCGAGAUACCAAAAUACAUCCAGGACAACUUAAAGAUGAUGUAGCGUCACCAGC